UAUCAUAGAGAUCGUUAUCGAAUGGCAGCAGCUUUGCUACUGUUUCUGCUAUCAUAUAUUUUGCAUCCUCAAUUGGAGGCUGUUGCAUUGGCCACUUCAUCUGAUCAUGAUUUUAGUUACAUGAAAUCUGUACACAGUGCAACUGAUCUACCAUUAGAAGAUGUAUAUGACUACAUAAUAGUGGGAGGAGGCACAGCAGGGUGUCCAUUGGCUGCAACUUUGUCCGAAAAAUACUCUGUUCUUGUCCUUGAAAGGGGCAGUACCCCUGCUGCAUAUCCCCAGGUGUUGAACGCAAACGGCAUGUUAAAUAAUCUCUUGCAGGAAGACGAUGGAAAGACACCUGCUCAGAGGUUCGUUUCCAAAGACGGAGUUAAAGUUGUAAGAGGCAGAAUCCUGGGUGGUACCAGCAUGCUGAAUGGGGGAUUCUUCUCCAGAGCCGAUGACCAAUUCUAUAAUGAAUCAGGGGUUGACUGGGACAAGGAUAUGGUUGAGAAGGCAUAUCAGUGGGUGGAAGACACUAUUGUGUUCAGCUACAAUUUGUCUACUUUUCAAUCUAUUCUAAGAAAAGGUUUGCUUCAAGCAGGUGUUGGUCCUGACAAUGGAUUCACUCUGCAACAUUUGGUUGGAACCAAAACUUCCGGUUCAACCUUCGAUGAUCAGGGAAGGAGACAUGGAGCUGUGGAGCUUCUCAACAAAGGAGUAUUGAACAAUUUGCGAGUUGCAGUUGAGGCCUAUGUGGAAAGAAUCAUCUUCAGCUCUUCCAAUAAUGCAUCACGUUUGUCGGCAACUGGAGUCAUAUAUAAGGAUUCGAAAGGAAGGACUCAUCGGGCAUUUGUAAAAGAUAAAGGAGAGGUGAUAUUGAGUGCAGGGGCAAUUGGGAGCCCUCAACUUCUUCUUCUCAGUGGAGUUGGUCCAGUAGCUCAUCUUUCUUCUCUGCAUAUUCCUGUUGUUUACUCAAAUCCUGAUGUGGGAAAUUUUAUUGCCGACAAUCCUCGUAAUAACAUCAACAUUGUAGCUGUUAGAGUUAGUGAUCCGAAUUCUUGUUGACCCGACCCGAAAAGCUCGCGGUGCGACCCAUUUUGGUGAAACUAAUUUUGGAGAAAAAUUUGGGGCUUUAUGGUGGAAGCGGAGAUCUCGGGCGGACCUGUUCAAUUUUAGGGUUUCUUCUGUACUAUAUAUAUUUAGUUUUCGGCUGUAAUUAGGGUUCAAGGGGUAUCGCACAAUUCGGCUCACCUUUUGUACCAAUCUUUCGAUAUUGGAUUUGCUUCUCCCUGCCCGUGGUUUUUCCCGUCAAGGGUUUCCACGUUAAUUGUGUGUUUGUUCUUCGCUUUCUUUGUUUCCGUUGCUAUUUGUUUUCUCCCAAUUUCGUAACAUGCCCGAUGAGUCCUCCC